AGGACAAAAGAACUUAUUGAAAGUGAGACUGUAUUUUAAGCCGCCACUUAUAUCUACUCCUACGUCUACACCUAUGUUUGUUUUUUUUACAUUUGUUCGUUUACUGUUAACACUUUAUGAAACAGAAGACAUUAAUAUGAUAUUUCCAUCUCCAGAUUUACACUAAAAAUGCUGUUUUUAGUGUUAUUUCAUAGAAUUUAAGUAGCAGUAAUCGAUUCAAGAUUAAUUCAAGUUACUCAGUAAUUUUGAUGUUUGUUUAUUUAAUGGAAAGGAAACAAGCCUUUAAAUUAACCCUUAAACUGAUAAAUAAUUGGUUUUGAUAAGUCAUUUAAUGGAUAUUUUGUCUGCCUGUAUUUUUAAUUUUUAAAGUAUCUGAAUAGUUCUUCCACCGACACAUUAUUGGUUGUUUUUAUGGGAUUUGUGGACAAUAGCAGCUGACUGUUCCUUUACAUUUCCUAACGUUGACUAAAUGUUCAGACUGAACAUCUUUCAACAUCCGAGUUCGGAAAAACGAGGUUUGGUUAGAAUACAUGUAUUGAUCCAAAUAGUACUAAUCGUGGUGUAAUGUGUUCAGAAAAAUAAAUAAAUAAAAACAAAAUAAGAAAAAAGUCUUUCCCCCUAUCACGUUAUUUACAGAAAGCGUCACUUACAGCAUUAAGACAAUAAGAAAACAAUUAGGCAUCAUAAUGAAAUAAAGAUAACAUAAAGGACAUGACUUCACUUUCAGUUUGUUGAUACAGUCAACAUAUUAACAGGACAAAGGGUAAGAGCAAUAUAGAUAAAUAAAUAAACAGAAAAAUGACAGAACAUGUAGGCAAUCAAAUCAGAUUUCUUUAAAAGAUUUUUGGAGCAUACUAACUGUAAGUGCACAUUUCCUAUUGUUUACAAGUUCUCAAAAUAAUUCAUUCAUUGAUUAAGUUCAGAUUCAUUCAUUAAAUUCAGUCAUGACAAGUUCAAACGACACGUGACCUCAAGAACUUGUUUUUAUGGAUGUGAAAUUUUACCAGUAAAAAUAAUAAACUGACUUCUGUUGAACUUUCUGUUUUUUGCUCAAGAAGAAAAAAAAGAGUCGAAGCGACUUCCUGGUUUCAGUUGUACGUGGUGACGUCACGGCAUAACGGCUCACACAACCGCAUUGUUUUUGGGGGAAGAGAAGCUCCGCCGCUCCGAACUGCUCCCGAUCGGGCUGAUCGAUCACGGUUUAUCUCAAUCACAGUGGAACACCUGAGCCCAGCUCCGUCGCCCUGGAUACCGGCCGGACACGUGCAGGUGUGAGUCGGUUGAGCGCGAGCCGCGCUGAAUGUGGAUUUAACGGCUGCUUCGCUCCGCAGGCCGCGCCGCCAUUGCUGCUGUAUUUAUCCGCUGAAUUGUUGGAAGCACCGCGGGUCUUUACGGCUUCGGCAUGAGGAAAAAAGGUCGACAUCAACGCCCAGCGGGGCUGAAAAGAGCGUCCUCGCCCAUCAAGCCGUCGCCCAACCGAGAGACGCUGACGUACGCGCAGGCUCAGCGAAUGGUGGAGCUGGAGGUGGACGGCCGCGUGCACCGGCUCAGCAUCUACGACAAGCUGGACGUCAUCACCGACGACGACCCCACGGCUCAGGAGAUCAUGGAGUGCAACAGCAACAAGGAGAACAGCGAGAAGCCCCAGCAGGUCCUGGUGCGCUCCGUGCGCCUUAAAAACAGUCAGCAGAAGAAGAACGCGGCGCUGACGUCCUCUCACGGCGGCAGCCACGGCAGCACCGCCGGCCUGUUGGAGCCCAAAGUUAGAACGGUUGAAUACAAUUUGCCCGUGGUGCCGAGGAGGCCGGUGGCGUAUUACAAAUACACAGAGAGGACAGCAGAGGAGCUGGACGAGGAGGUGGAGUACGACAUGGACGAAGAGGAUUACGCGUGGCUCGAACUCAUCAACGAGAAGAGGAAGAGCGAGGGCAUCAGCCAGGUGUCCAACAACCUGUUUGAGUUCCUCAUGGACCGCUUCGAGAAGGAGUCUUACUCAGCCACGCAGGGUCAGAGCGACCUGCAGUCGCUGGUGGACGAGGACGCCGUCUGCUGCAUCUGCAUGGACGGAGACGGGGCCGACAGCAACGUCAUCCUCUUCUGCGACUCUUGCAACAUUGCCGUGCACCAGGAGUGCUACGGCGUGCCGUACAUCCCGGAGGGCCAGUGGCUGUGCCGCCACUGCCUGCAGUCCCCGUCGCGGCCCGCCGAGUGCGUCUUCUGCCCCAACCGAGGCGGAGCGCUGAAGAAGACCGACGACGACCGCUGGGGCCACGUGGCGUGCGCUCUGUGGGUGCCCGAGGUGGGGUUCUCCGAUACGGUUUUCAUCGAACCCAUCGACGGCGUCCGCAACAUUCCGCCGGCACGCUGGAAGCUCACUUGCUACUUGUGCAAGGAGAAGUGCGCGGGAGCGUGCAUCCAGUGCGACAAGAUCAACUGUUACACCGCCUUCCACGUCAGCUGCGCCCAGAAGGCCGGCCUCUACAUGAAGAUGGAGCCCGUCAAAGAGGUGACGGCGUCCGGCACCACCUUCUCUGUGAAAAAGACGGCGUACUGCUGCAGCCACACGCCCGAAGGCUGCGACCGCCGGCCGCUCAACAUCUACGAGGAGCCGCACCCGAAAAACGGAGCCUGUCACAAGAGAGCCGACAAAAGGGGAAAGGCCCGAGCCAAGGGCUGGCAGAAGAAGAAGAGUAAAAGAGCGGAGCCUGAACCACAACCGGAACCCGAGACCCCGACCAACCCUGGGCCCAGUAUCACCGCUUCAAGUUACGACACCAUCCUGAACCAGGUGGCGGUUCAGAGGAAGCGUCCCUUCGUCGAGCGGGUGCUGAGCUACUGGGUGCUGAAGAGACAGUCGAGGAACAACGUGCCGCUGAUCCGCCGCCUGCAGGCCAACCCUCAGCCGCCCAAAUCCAAGCAGACGGAGCGGAUGGAGACGAACCAGGCGCUGAAGGAGCAGCUGAAGGAGUGGCACCGCCUCCGCCACGACCUGGAGCGAGCUCGACUGCUGCUGGAGCUCAUCAGGAAGAGAGAGAAGCUGAAGAGGGAGGAGAUGAAGCUGCAGCAGUCGGUGCUGGAGGUCCAGCUGACCCCCUUCAACAUCCUGCUGAGAGCCGUGCUGAGUCAGCUGCAGGAGAAGGACCAGUACAGUAUCUUCGCUCAGCCCGUCAGCACCAAGGAGGUACCGGACUACCUGGACCACAUCAAGAACCCCAUGGACUUCUCCACCAUGAGGAAACGCAUCGACAGCCACGACUACAGGAGCCUGGAGGACUUCGAGGCCGACUUCAACCUCAUCAUCGCCAACUGCAUGAAGUACAACGCCAAGGACACGUUCUUCUACAAGGCGGCGCAGCGGAUGCAGGACCACGGAGGAGCCAUCCUCCGCAGGUCCCGCAGAGAGGCCGAGAGGAUCGGCUUCGACUUCCCCAGCGGGCUGCAUCUGCCUGAAGCCCCAAAACUGGAGGCGCCGCCCCCUUUCUCCUGGGAGGACGUGGACCGCCUGCUUAGCCCCGCCUACCGUAAGCUGACCCCUCUGGAGGAUCAGCUGAAGGAGCUGCUGGAGAAGUUGGAUCUGAGUACGGCGAUGAAGCACAGUCCGUCUCGCAGCAAGAGGCUCAAACUGCUGAAGAAGACCAUCAUGGAGGUCCGCAGCGAGAUGAGCCUAAAGAAGUCGCUCCCACCUCCGCCCCCCGCCGCCGCCCCGGAGCCUGAUCCCGCCCCCGCCGAACCCGAGGAGAAACCACUACCUGAGCCCCCGACAGAGCCCUCCACAGCACAGGAGAAGUCUUUACCUCCACCGACGUUAGAGCCGUUAACUUCGCCGCCGCAGCUCGACACCUCGCCCAGUAACUCGGAGCCGCCCCCUCUGAAACCAGUCAAACCCAGCGCGGACCACACUCCCAUGGAGCUCGACAGUGACACCAACACGUCUACCUCAGUGCCCCAAGAAGCGAUCAACGGGCACACCCCAGACCCGCUGCUCCCUGACAGCGACCUGCGCACCGAAGCCUCCGGCGCCUGCAACCGACGGAACAACGUCCUCUUCCGCAAGUCCAAGAGCGCCAGUCCGCAGAAACCACCCAAGACCCAAGAGGCAUCCGCUGUGUCCCCGCCACCCCUGGGCGCCAAGACCUUCCUGUCUGUGGUGAUCCCUCGCCUGGAGACGCUCCUCUUACCGAAGAAAAGAACACGCAGCAGCAGCGCUGACGGCGAAGAGGACGAGGAGUCGCCGAUCAAACGUCUCGGCACAGGAAUAGCGAAUGGUUUUGUGGUGGAGGAAGAGGAAACCUCGCCUUCACCUCGCCUGCUGGAGCCUCGCCGCCGCUGUGCCUCCGAGUCCAGCAUCUCCUCCAGCGGGAGCGUCCUCUGUGGCACGAGCACCGUCAUCGUGUCUAAAAGCGGGAAAGGGCGGCCGGCGGCGGCUCGACGGAGCACCGUGGACGACAAAAACAAUCUGAUGACCUGCAUCGAGAACGGAGAGUUCACCAAAGCCGCCAAGAUCUCUUCAGAUCAUGGACCCCAGAGUGCGGAGGAUGAGGUAUCAGCACAACGGGGUGGAGCUUCCCCGGCCGCCGCUGGACGUUCUCAAAGCCGGAGAGCGGAUGCAGUACAGGUCCGCAGAGAAACUCUUCCUCGUCCACUUCUUCGACAGCAAGCGCAGCUGGCAAUGGCUUCCUAGAUCUAAGAUGGCUCCGUUCGGGAUCCAGGCGCUCGACAGAGUCAAGCUGACGGAGCCUCGCUCCACCGGCCUCCGAAAAACUGU